GCCACAUCAAUCCAGCAUCUGACACAUCAGAUUGAUCGAUGGUCCACUACAUUUGCGCCACAUUGGUCGACCGGAUAUAAGGCAAGCAGGAAGUAUUCGUCUUUCUUGUCCUCUCACUUUUUUUCACCUCAGUAGUUCUGCUCACCACACUCAACCGGUGUUAUCAUUGAACACCUACCGUCAUGUCCCCUGCUGGAGAGACUGCCACAUUAUCUACUCCGCCACGCGCAAAUGCAUCAGUCGAAGGUGAUAUUAAAUUAGAAUCUACCCCAAACAGUCGUGGGGCUUCGGUCAUCAGCGAGAACAUCGACUUGGUCGGUGUCCAGGUCAAGGAGGUCCGCCCAUGGAUUCAGCGGGACAUCGAGCAGGCCAAGCAGUGCAAGGCAGAUGCUAUGCUGCAAGCCCUCCUACAGCGCGCGUCUUGCGCGCCGGAGACGAAGCAACCCGAGCUUCUGCAAAAGUGUCUUGAGGCAGUUCUACCGGUUUGUAACGGUGAUGUCUCUGCUGGAGGCAUAUCCUCCUCGGGCAUCGAGACAGCCCUGAAUGAAUACAUACGUCCAGGAAUAGAAAACAAGUUCUACAGCCCUUUUAUUCAGGCCACCAAUAUCGCACUCGCCUGUCUUGAAGAAAUUAAGGUCGACGGAAUGGAUGCUCCUGCCACCACCGUGGACAUGAUCUGCCAGCAAAACGAUAUGCCCAUGUACCAAACCCACAAGACGCUGACAUCGGUUCGGAAGCCCGACGUCGUAAUGAUUCCUUUGAACAGCGCACGUGCUUCCUUCGAGGAUGAGAAGGACGGCAAGAAGGGCGAUCAGAAGGCCAAACAAAGAGCCGACCACAAGGACGACACAAAGGACGGUCAGGAGCGCAAUGAUCACAUGGUCAAGAAUGCAAUGGAAAAGCCGCGAACACCACUCUUCUGGAAAGAUAUUCUAGGUUCCAUCGAGUUCAAGAGAAAGACGCCAGGUAGGACGAAAGGGAUUAAGCCACCGCCCUCUUCGUACACAGUGACAGAUUAUGUUCCCACUAAGCCAGAAUAUCUGCCGGUGGAUCAUCUUAAGGCCGAAGAGCCGGAUCAGGGCCCUUCGCAGAUCCCAACCACACAACCUGCGUCCGACACCGCACCAGGUUUAUCGUCUUCUGGCCUUACUGCCGCAGAGCCCUCCAAGGGCGGGUCCAGUUCUAAGCGCAAGGCUGCGGACACCUUGCGACCCGGAGCGAAAAAAUUCAAAGCUAAUCCUGACGAGCUAGAUGUGACCGUCCAGACAGGUCUGUACGCCGCCGAAAUGUUUGCGGCCAAUCUUGCUGUCGAAUAUCUGAUUAAUUUUAUCGUCGUCGACGAUGUGAUCUGGAUCUGGUAUUAUGAUCGCCAGGGCACCGUUCAAUGCUCGGGCAUCAACUUCACUCAAGAUCUCCCGCGAUUCAUGGUGCUGUUGUACGCGUUACAACGCUUCAAGGUCCACGAUUGGGGUCGAAACAAGGAGUUCCUCCCAGUUCAAGUUGAGGGGAAACAAUGCCACGAAUUCAAAAUCCAGGACAAAGAUCUUGGAACGGUGGAUCUGUUGCUUCACACCAGUCACGACGAAAGGGUGACGCACUACGGACUACAUGGACGAGCCACCAAUGUGGUCCCCGUCACUAGUGAGGCGCUCGCCAAGAAAUUCCCAAACGUCCAGGAUGGGAUGGUGGCCAAGAUCUUUUGGGGAGAGGAGGGUCGCACCAGCGAGCCAAAAAUCUUGGACAAAGUUGAGAAGAUCGCCAAUGUGCACCCGACCGUCCAAGGGCACAUUCCUGAGCUGCUCUGGCACCACGGGUUCACGAAUCCCACGUCCGCCAUGCGAGAAGCGCUCGGUGUCCCAGAACCCACCACGGGCAGUCGUGUCCUCUACAUCCUUGUAUUCCGCAAGCUCUACCCCAUCACGAAGCUCUACGGCAAAGAGCUUUUUGACGUCUGGCGUCAAUCUAUCCUAUGUCACUUCACUCUAUGGAAGGAAGGGGUUUAUCAUCGUGAUAUUAGCCCUGGAAACUUGAUGUGGUACAGGAAAAAAAGAAAACUGAUCGGUGUCUUAAAUGACUACGACCUAUCUUCAUUGGUGGAUGACCCGGGUCCACGGGGCAAUGAGCGUACGGGCACGGUACCGUUCAUGGCCCUCGACCUUCUCCAUGCAAAGGCUCAACGAGGCGAAGUUAAACAUCUAUACCGCCAUAAUUUAGAGUCGUUUUUAUGGGUUUUAACCUGGAUUUUCUUGCGUUACAGGCAGGGAGCCCUUCUACCAAAGCAAUCACGCCUUCUUGACGAGUGGGCGACUUUAGGCGCCAUUACAUGUGGCGAGAAGAAGUUAGUCUUUUUGGAAAAUGUUUUCGAUCAUAAACCCCCAUAUCUCCAAAUUUCGGGAUCGGACAUAGAUCGGUCCUUAUGGCUUCUCCUUAUAGAUUGUUUCGAGGCGCUCGAUGUGGAUGCCUCCAAUCGCCGUCGUCACACUUACCAUGUUCGCCGUAUUCAGGAACAACAAUUGAUGGAAGGAUCAGGCGAGCAGCUAAACGCCGAGGAAACAAUAGAAGAAGAUAUGGAUAAUGUGCUAGGCAAAUUCACAAGGACUAUGGCCUGGGUAAAGCUCAGCAACCUUUUAGCUUCACAGUGA